UGAUCCAGAGACAAGCUCACAGCUACUUACCCAAACUUCACAUCAUCUCUGGGUUGCGACUGUCAUAUGAUGGUUUCUCCUCUGUUUGCAUUCUUCAUGGCAUUCUGCCAGCCUGAGUGAUCGCAUGGAAUGCACAUGGGGUUUUUUUCAUCGGGAAAAUAUUUUUGCAUUGGGCUGCUGCCUAACCCACACUGGAGUCUUCUACAGCUGAAUGAAGCCGGAGAUAUUCAGUUUUUUUUUUAAUCCAAAUGUACAUCAUGGGAUUUGGGAUGUGAGGCGAGGUGUCAUUGCAGACUGGAUCAAUGCUGUGCUGAAGGAAAAUGCGGAUACAGUUAUUUUUCAUUUGGAUUCUGCACUUCAUGGAUCUUGCAAGAGGCGCAGACAACACAAAGAUUCUGCGAUACAGACGUAGCUCUUCAGUGGCCAGACUGUGUCCGGCAGGUUGUGCAUCGUGCUCGGCCCUGAAUGGCUGCCUGUCCUGUAAACCUCGCCUCUUCUUCCACUUGGAGCUGGACGGGAUGAGGCAGAGGGGCACCUGUCUGUCCUCCUGCCCCCGGGGCCACUACGACAAGCGCUCGCCACACAUUAACACAUGCACCAGGUGCCGAGAGGACUGCGCUUUCUGUUUCAGUGAAACCUUCUGCACUCGCUGUCAUCCGGGCCACUUCCUGUUCCGAGGAAAAUGUGGAAAUAGCUGUCCGAAUGGGCUGACGGCAAACACAGCCCUGCGAGAGUGCACAGAGUGCCCUGUAGGCUGUGAGCUGUGUCUGAGGAGAAACGAGUGUGUGAGGUGUCAAGCUGAUUUAUACUUUCUCCACGGGCAGUGCCACCAUAACUGCCCAAGUGGAUCAGAGCCCGAUGUACAGCUCAUGGAGUGCAUCCCUCAAGUACAAUGUGGGGUUGGGGAAUGGACAAAGUGGGGUCCGUGUAUUCGGAAAAGGAGCCUGCGGGCCAAUAGGAGGGGAGAGGAGACACGCACCCGACAACUUCCGCGGUCCCCGAGUCUCUACGGUGACCGCUGUCCACAUGUGUCUGAGAUCAGGAAGUGUGUCAUCAAAAAGAGACCAAGUGGACUGUCAUGAGUCGAGGCAGAGAAUGUAUCAAUAAUUUGUUAACAUUGCAGAGAUAUUUACCUUUUUAUUGCACAUUUCUUUUUGGAUCGAAAUGUAAAUAUGGAAUGUUACUGUCAAUUGCAAAAAUGUAUAAGUAAAAAUGCAUUUUAGUGUGAGUUAACAAAAGGAUGGAUGGAUUUGCUGAUUGUUCCUGCCAUUGCAGUCAUGUGCUUGAGUGAUACCAGUGGUGGCCAGCUAUGCUAAGCACAUACUGAUUGUCUGGUUUGACUUUGGCUCAGUUUAUAUUUUACUGCAUUUUUUAACUCAUGCUCACUGUUUUCUUGCUUGCAAUAAAAUGUUGUAGAAAA